AUUUCAAAUCGCCCCAAGUGCGUUGCGUAGAGCUUUAAUUGUCGGUUGUGUGCGCGGGAACUCAGAAUUAUUAGAUUCACUAAAAGUUUCCUUGAAAUCGCUUGAAAAACUGGUUGCGAAUUAGGCCAGUUGCAAAUAAGUUGUGUGACUAAAAAACCUGUGUAUUUUCAAAAGUGGCUAUUCCCAUUACAUCGACAUACCCAAGAUGGUGUUGACCGAGGUCCUCUUCGUGGUGGUCGCCGCCCUGGUGGCGCUGUAUACCUGGUUCCAACGCAACCAUAGCUAUUGGCAGCGCAAGGGCAUCCCCUAUAUCCCGCCCACGCCGAUCAUUGGCAACACCAAGGUGGUCUUCAAGAUGGAGAACUCCUUUGGCAUGCACCUGUCGGAGAUAUACAACGAUCCGCGGCUGAAGGACGAGGCUGUGGUGGGCAUCUACUCCAUGAACAAGCCAGGCUUGAUUAUACGCGACAUAGAGCUGAUCAAAUCCAUUCUGAUCAAGGAUUUCAAUCGGUUCCACAACCGAUACGCCCGCUGCGAUCCACACGGCGAUCCCUUGGGCUAUAAUAACCUGUUCUUCGUCAGGGAUGCCCAUUGGAAGGACAUUCGCACCAAGCUCACUCCCGUUUUCACCAGCGGCAAGGUCAAGCAGAUGUAUACCCUGAUGCAGGAGAUUGGAAACGAUCUGGAGCUGGCACUGCAGAGGCAAGGCGAGAAUAACUCGGGGAGUUUCAUUACGGAGAUUAAGGAGAUCUGCGCCCAGUUCUCCACGGACAGCAUAGCUACUAUUGCAUUUGGCAUCCGUGCCAACAGCCUGCAGAAUCCCAACGCGGAGUUCCGUAACUACGGACGCAAGCUGUUCACCUUCACUGUAGCCCGUGCCAAGGACUUCUUCGUGGCCUUCUUCCUGCCCAAGCUGGUGUCGCUGAUGCGCAUUCAGUUCUUUACGCCGGACUUCUCCCACUUCAUGCGCAGCACCAUUGGCCACGUUAUGGAGGAGCGAGAGCGAUCGGGCCUGCUCCGCAAUGAUCUGAUUGAUGUCUUGGUGACUCUGCGCAAAGAGGCGGCUGCCGAGCCUUCGAAGCCUCACUAUGCCAAGAACCAGGACUUCCUGGUGGCCCAGGCAGGCGUGUUCUUUACGGCGGGAUUCGAGACCUCCUCCUCGACCAUGUCCUUUGCCCUGUACGAGCUGGCCAAGCAUCCAGAGAUGCAGCAACGCCUGCGCGAGGAGAUCAAGGAAGCUUUGGUGGAGGGCGGUGGGUCAUUGAGCUACGAGAAGAUCCAGUCCCUGGAGUAUCUGGCCAUGGUAGUGGACGAGGUGCUGCGCAUGUAUCCGGUGCUGCCGUUCCUGGACCGCGAGUACGAGAGUAUGCAGGGACAGCCGGACUUGAGCCUGAAGCCGUUCUACGACUAUACCCUCGAGAACGGAACCCCUGUGUUCAUACCCAUCUAUGCACUGCAUCAUGAUCCAAAGUACUGGACCAAUCCCCGCCAGUUCGAUCCGGAGCGCUUCUCACCCGCGAACCGCAAGAACAUAGUGGCCAUGGCAUAUCAACCCUUCGGAUCUGGGCCACACAACUGCAUUGGCAGCCGGAUUGGCCUGCUCCAGAGCAAGCUGGGCCUGGUCAGCCUGCUGAAGAAUCACUCGGUGCGCAGCUGCAAGGCCACCAUGAAGGACAUGAAAUUCGAUCCCAAGGGUUUCGUGCUCCAGGCGGAUGGUGGCAUCCACUUGGAGAUAGUAAACGAUCGCCUCUACGAGCAGAGCGCUCCAUCGAUCCAAGAUGCGACACCAGCUCAAUUUUUAACCCCCAAACACGCGACUCCGGUGCUUAGUUUCCAUUCAGUUGUUGUUGGCUCCAUAGGCUCCCCACCCAGGAAAGAAGUAUCCAGAUUAUCCCAUAUCCCAUAUCCAGACACCAUGCUGCUCAUCUGGCUGCUAUUGCUCACCAUUGUGACACUUAAUUUUUGGUUGAGACACAAGUACGACUACUUCAGGAGUCGUGGGAUUCCGCACCUGCCACCCUCCUCUUGGUCACCAAUGGGCAAUCUGGGACAACUUCUAUUCCUGCGCAUUUCUUUUGGCGAUCUCUUUCGGCAGCUCUACGCAGAUCCACGAAAUGGUCAGGCGAAGAUCGUUGGCUUCUUUAUCUUCCAAACACCGGCGAUUAUGAUUCGGGAUCCGGAGCUAAUCCGCCAGGUGUUGAUUAAGAAUUUCAACAACUUUCUCAACCGAUUCGAAUCGGCGGACGCCGGAGAUCCCAUGGGUGCACUGACGCUACCGCUGGCUAAGUACCAUCACUGGAAGGAAAGUCGGCAGUGCAUGUCCCAGCUCUUCACCAGCGGCCGUAUGCGGGAUGUCAUGUACCGCCAAAUGUUGGAUGUGGCCAUCGACCUGGAGCAGUACCUGAACAGGAAGCUGGGGGAUCGGCUGAAGCGCGUUCUGCCACUGGAAAGAAUGUGCCAGUUGUACACCACCGACGUGACGGGAAGUCUCUUCUAUAGCCUGAAUGUCGGCGGAUUGCGUCGUGGGCGAUCCGAGUUGCUAACGAAAACCAAGGAACUAUUUAACACCAAUCCUCGCAAGGUUCUUGACUUCAUGAGUGUAUUCUUUCUGCCCAAGUGGACGGGUCUGCUGAAGGCGAAAGUUUUUACCGAAGACUAUGCGCGCUAUAUGAGGCACUUGGUGGAGGAUCAUCACGAGCCCACCAAAGGAGAUCUCAUCAAUCAAUUACAGCACUUUCAGUUGAGCCGCUCAUCCAACCACUAUUCCCAGCAUCCGGACUUUGUUGCCUCGCAGGCGGGCAUUAUACUGCUGGCCGGAUUUGAAACAUCCUCAGCCCUGAUGGGAUUCACUCUCUAUGAGCUGGCCAAGGCGCCGGAUAUUCAAGAACGACUGAGGAGGGAGCUACGAGAAGCCUUCAACUCCACUGCUACCCUGAGUUAUGACACACUGAUGACUCUGCCCUAUCUCAAAAUGGUGUGUUUGGAGGCACUGCGUCUCUAUCCGGCUGCUGCUUUCGUCAACAGAGAAUGCACCAGCUCAGCAUCCGAGGGAUUCUCUCUGCAGCCACAUGUGGAUUUCGUAAUUCCACCAGGGAUGCCAGCAUACAUUUCAAUACUCGGCCUCCACCGCGAUGAAAGGUUUUGGCCGGAGCCCUGCCUCUUUGAUCCCGAGAGAUUCGCUCCGGAGCGGUCUAGGCACAUUCACCCGAUGACCUACAUACCCUUUGGAGCUGGUCCACAUGGCUGCAUUGGUAGUCGCCUGGGCGUCCUCCAACUGAAACUGGGCAUAGCGCACUUUUUAAAACAAUAUUGGGUUGAGACUUGCGAACGAACAGUGUCGGAGAUUCGCUUCAAUCCAAAGUCCUUCAUGUUGGAGUCUCAGAAUGAGAUAUACCUAAGAUUCUGCAGGAGUAGUUUGUAGAGUUAUAGGCAUCCUAAAACAAUCGGCUGUGAUAUGUAAUCACCUCUGUUCCUAUAAUCUAAAUAGAACCCUAAUGUUCCGAAAACUUUGAACUUAAAACGAAGCGGAAAGUAUUUAUGAUAGUAUAUUUAAGGUUUCCUUACACUCCUGGAUCAAUGAAUCACAAUAGAAAAUUAUCUUCA